GUUGAUGCAAAUGAUCCUUUGCCAUGUGGCCAGCUGGUGUCUUACGACACAAGACGCGGUCCAGAAACGUUCCAAUGGUCGAGAUAGACUUAGCGCUCCAAGGUGCCACUGGCCCCAGCAGAGCAGAUUGGACGACCUUAGAGGCACCCGUGGUGUUGUCGACCACCUUGUCUCCGGGCCAGUCCUUUGGAUGGAAGCGCCUGGCAGUUUCAGAGGAAGCUUACUUGGGCGUGAUGGGCAACUCCGUAGUGCUUUUCGUCCAAAGUGAGAAAAGCAUUCGGUGGUGCACGUUGGCAGGUCCUGGCGUAACAUGUCAAAGGGUGAGAAGUUUCCUUGGUUUGGACGAUGGCCCUCUGCAAGAUUUGCGCAGUGCUUGGGCCAAGAGCUGCACACGGUUGGCCCAAGUUGCUGAGUGCUUGCCUGGACUUUGCGUUUUGCAACAGGACUUGGUGGAGACCAUUUUCGGAUUCAUUUGCUCGCAGAACAACAAUGUGUCACGGAUUUGCUUACUCAUGGAUCGCCUUCGUGCAACUUAUGGUGAAUUGCUUUGUUCCAUAGCACCUGGUGUUGAUGCUGAAGGUGAUGGAGAUCUUGCAGUGUUGCGAGAGUUCAAUGUGCAGCGCAAACUUUAUGCCUUUCCGAGCGUUGCACGACUUGCAGCUGCUUCAGAGAGCUCCCUGAAAGCGCUGGGCUUGGGCUAUCGAGCAGCUUAUGUCCGUUCAGCCGCAAAGAUGCUCCUACAGAAGGAUGGAUGCAUGCUGAAAUGGCUUGAGCAGUCCAGAGAUAGCAUUGACCUCUCCGGCAUCGACCCGCUUCAGACUGAAGAGCCGGAGGGGAUGCGGCAACGGCGUUUGGAAGUGCGGAAGGAGCUCUGCCGCUUACCAGGAGUCGGUCCCAAAGUGGCUGACUGUAUUGCCUUGUUUGCAAUGAAGCAGCAUGGAUCAGUUCCAGUGGAUGUUCACAUCUGGCAGAUUGUGACCAGGGAUUACGAGCCUGAGCUACGAGAGGCCAAGUCUUUGACCCCUCUGGUUUACGAGCGGGUGGGCAAUGCCUUCCGCCACCGCUUUGGCGCACCAUUUGCUGGCUGGGCACAUUCCUUGCUCUUCGGUGCUGAGUUUGGUGCUUUGCGAGCACAACUCCCGACACAGAUGUUGAAGGAGAUGGAUGCUUAUCGAGAAGAGAUAAAGGCUCAGAAGUUGAAAAAAAGGAAAGCUUUGAGAAAGUCGGACAAGACUGGGCCAGGAAAUUCCAAGGAAAGAGAUCGAUUGAAGAUGAAACGACCUAAUACCAAUAGG